AUGGCACACGUUUCCUCGGAACCAGCGAAUCAGUUUCUGCGCAAGACAGAAAUCAAAGAGGGGCCGCCGGAGGCAGAACCCCGCUCGCCGGUGGAGCUCUCAGCGACAAAGGUCAAAUUUCCGGAGUAUUUCAGCGAUAAGCACAGAGAAAGGGAACUCACGGUGUAUGCUCUGCGAAAGGAACUGGACAUCGCCCUGGAGGCGAAAGCCAAGAAAGGUGGAGGAACGAAGAAAGGAGGAGCGACGACAACUUUGGCACCACGUAGAUUCACAAUUGCUCACCAAGAAGCACCGGCGAGCCGCGUGCUGCUCUUGGAGCACAUUGUUCCAAUUAUAGAAGACCGCGCGGUCAAGAAAAAAUCAUCUUGA